AUGACCGGAAACUACGGUUUGCAUCCCGACGAUCAUUACGAUCCGAAUGCUUUACCGGUUAUCGAGAACAUUAAUUACCGAGACAUGGUGGCCGAUAACGUGACGAUGCCGGCACAGUUGGCUGGAAUAUCGGGUGAUCAGUUUACUGGAAUCUGUAUCUCUAACGUGACGAUCACGCUAGCGAAGAAACCUAAGAAAGUGCUUUGGAAUUGUACGGAUGUUUCGGGUUAUACAAGCGGUGUGACUCCGGAGCCAUGUCAGCUUUUGCCGGAGAAGGAGCCGGGGACGCUCGUGCCGUGUAAUUUCCCGGAAGAGCCGAUUCCUAUUGAAGAAGUGAAGCUCCAACGUUGCUCCUCUAGAAGCAGGAAUAUGUGA